AUGCCUUCCCAGGAUGAGCGUGACGUCGGCAUCGACGACCGCCCCAUCGAGAAAAGGAAAUCCAAGAGCAGAAGCAAGAGAACCGACGAGGAAAGGGAGCAUCGCAGAUCCUCCAAGUCGAAAAGGGAGGGCGACAGCGACGUUUCUCAUUCUAGGCGCCACCACCGUACCCGUGACGAAAAAGAACGCCACGCGGCCACCUCCGAACUUGUGUACGAAUUCGGCCGCUCCAAGACCUCUCUGCUUUCCACCGACCGCAUCUCCCUGCCCUACCCGACUUUUAGCAAAGCCCACAGCAAGGAAGCCGUUCACAGCAGAGAGGACCUGUCCACUUCAAGCCCUCGCAAGGCGGAUCCGUUGACUCCCGAGCCCACCGACCUGUCCGAAGGACGGAAGGAGCGGUCAAGGUCUCCGGACUAUGACGAUGCCCCCAGAUCGAAGAAAGAGAACAGGCCCCCGAGCCCACCUGACACGGAAGUGUCCGGCAAGAAGCACCACUCACACACACCCGAUGCCAUCAGAGAGGAGAAGAGAGAACGGCCGAGUUCGAGAUUGAGCGCCCUGUCACGGUCGGGAUCUAGACAUGAUGAUAAGUCGAGGGUGAGCUCCAAGUCCAAGGCGUCUAGCCAAGCGACUUUCUUCAAGACGCCCGCCUAUAUUCAUGCCGGACUCCAUGAGAGUCUGAGCACCGAGCGCGGUCCAUCUCGUUCCUCUUCCAAGAGGAGUCUCUCGAGCAAGACAGGGAAGAGGCCCGAUCUUGUCGAUGCCGAAUCGUCACCCGAGAGUGCCCAGGACUCGUCCCCCAAGACCCCGACGCAAACUCCUUCAUUUCCGCCUUCCAUGUUCCCUACCGACGACGAGAAGAGGCAGCAGUCAUACACCCCCUUUCACGGACUCGAACCCGAGAUCACACCCUCGGCCACACCCGCUGCAGACUUUGACGGCCCCCCUCCCCCCCCUCCUCCGCCUCCGGCUCUCGAUGUGCAAGAGGCGCCUCGGAUUGACUACCUGCUGCAAUUCGGUGGCUUGCCCCACCCCGUCCCUAAGCACUUCCUCUCCGUCCUUCCCCGUCCUAACGGCACACGCCCGUCCCACCCUCCCCUUGCUGGCGCUCAAACUUUAUUUGCGCCUUUCUUCAACCUUCUCGACCAGUACAAUUCCGUCUUGGAAAAGAGUGGAUCCGUUGCCGUUGCGACGGGUCAUCGGUCCGUGGCGCGUCGUCUGCUCGACCGUCUCGAGAACGUCUUCUCCCGAGAGCUACCUCUGGAUGGGUGCAGCUGCGUCGUGUGCGCGAAUGGACCGGGAACGCACCGAGGCCUCGGCUGGGGCGAGGUACUAGAAUGGGUCAGCGGUCGCAUCGAGCUGCCACAGUGGCCCCCCUUCGACCUGGCUGAGCUCGGCCUCAAAGCAGCGGAGUUGUCUGCGGAUUUGCCCCCACGUCCUGACUCUCCUAUUAAGAUCGAUCCCGAUAUCGCCGAGGAGUUCCGGGAGCACUACCUGCGGCAGUCAAAGAAGGUCAGGGGAGCCGUCGACAAAUGGCUCAAUAGCUGUGGCGAGACGCCGGCCCCGCCUCCCCAGGAAGUCGAUGACGAGACGCUCAGCUUCGCUAUCCUGACCAACCUAGACGCCGAGGAUAGACCAUACUUCAACGCCAUCAUCAGCGGCUCGCGAGAACUCCAGCCAUAUAACCGAGCACCGACUCCCGCCCGGAAAUACCACUCCGAAUUCAUCACCCAGUGCGGCCUAGCUCUGCAGCGGCUCUACCGGCUGGGCCAGGUCCCUCGCGAUGCGGAAACCGCCCUGUACCUCAUCAAGAAUCCAUAUACGCACGACCUCCUGGUCACGCUGUCGGAUAUCAAUGCCUCGGAAUGGGAGAUCCUGAUAUCCGGGCGGUUUGACGGAUUUUUGUGGUCUGGGGCCGAUGCCGAUGAUCUCCCUACGCCGACAGCGGAAUCCCGUGGCGCCACACCAGCCAGCGGGUUCUUCGGCUCACGAACACCGAGUAUCCGAGGCACGCCCGGUAUACCCGGUUCUCGCAAUACAACCCCAUUCUCCGUAUACUCCCGCGGUGCGACACCGGCGUCGUUUAUUAGCAUCUCGUCAUCGGCGCAUCCGAACCGCCAGGCCGUAUCCCGGGACGAGGAGAUGGAGAUAGCGGCGUUGGCCGAGGUGGAGAGGGAAAUCUAUCAGGGGAUGGAAGUGCUCGAAGACGCAUUCGAGGCGCUGCACACGAGGGCGGAAGCGGUUCGCACGGCGCUGCGGAACCGAGGUGCGGGGUUGAUGGUCAACCUACAGAACCGCCGGCGGAUCGACGUGCUUCCCAACCAGCCCACCUCGGGCAACUCGCAGCACUCGGGGUACGAACGGCCGGCGUGGGCGGUGGGCAGCGAGCUCGACGGCGCCAGCGACAGCGAGUGGGGCGGCGACGACAUUGAGUUGAUGCCGGACGAUUCGGCAAGCAACAUCAGCAGCUCGAGGCACCGCCGACCUAAGAGGCGGACUGAACGACGGACACCCGCGCCCAUUGAGGAAGAUGAACGAGAAGACUAA